GUUACCAAAACAAGCGCCCCCGCUGGCCGGCUGUGACGCGAUCACGCCGCCGCCUCCUCGGUGUUUAUUAUGUGGUUUUUAAGGAGCAGCCGCUAACUAGCAUCCAGCACCGUCUCCAAACAUGCUCUGACUUUGCAGCAGGCAGGUUAUGAUUCUCUAACCUUCUUCCUUUAAAACAAAACAAAACAAAACAAAGGAACCAGGAACCAAAAGUUUGCAUCCUCUUGUUUUCUACUGUCAUCGUAUUCGCCAGGGUCGGGACCUGGGGAUCAAAUCUAGCGUCUUCGGUCAUAGAAAUACCAGACGUGCCUCGGUUCCAGCUUCUCGGUUGUGAAGAUUUUUCUUUUUGUCUUUGCCAUUGUGACGGUCAACCCCUGCACGUCUUUGGGUUUCCCGAGAGCUGGUUGGACAGAACGGGCCGUUUAGGGACGUCACGGUAAAGCCGGCGUUGCCGUAGGACAGUCCCGCUGCUUCAGGGGUGAAACAGUGUCCACAACGGCCUAAUUCAACCAGGCAUCGUGAAGGGGCCGACGGCAGGGUUCGGAGGACAGAGAUGGCAGUGUGUGCACUGACCAUGUUGGAUGGGAUGGAGGAGGAGGUAACGGCAGCGGGCGGUGUGUUGCUCCUGGUCCUGGCCCUGGUCUUGGCUUGGCUCUCCACUCAUGUGGCCGACCGGGGAGACCACAUACUGGGCACCAUCCUCACCGUGGGCGCCCACGCCUCCCUGAUCGGACUGGGAGGCCACGACAGCUACAGCGGAGGGUCUCCCAGAGCCGACACCCCCGAACAGCAGACCCCGCCGCCGUCGCAGGAGAACAAGCCGGAUGACGGCGAGCCGGGGACUGAGAGAGGAGAGGGGGAGGGAGCGGAGGGGGUGAGGACAGAUCUACUGCUGGACAUUCAGAGCAAACAACCACAGGCUGGAGGACUGCAUACUUCUGAUGAGGAGGAGGAUGAAGUUGAUGAGGAGGAGGAGGAGGAGCAGCUGGAAGCGGAAGAUAAAAAGGUUAUAAAGUCUAUCCCUGUUUUGUCCAAUGCCAUCUCCCUGACCUCCACUGCUACUACCACCACCUCCAUUUCUGUCCGACUGAAGUUUUUAAAUGACACAGAGGAGCUGGCUGUGUUAGAACCACAGGAUACAGUGGGAGAGCUGAAAAGUAAAUACUUCUCAGGUCGGGAGCAUCAAAUAAAACUGAUCUACCAGGGCCAGUUGCUGCAAGAUCCCAAGAAGACUCUGUUAUCUCUAAACAUCACGCACAACAGCGUGAUCCACUGCCACAUCUCCCAGGCGCUGCACGAGGCCAGUCCAGAGGAAGGGGCUCAGUCUGUGGCCGGAGCGGGAGUCGGGUCCGGGGUCUCCGGGGGAUUCCGAGCUGCGAGCAUGGCCAUCAGCACCGGCAGCCUGGUGGUGCCUGUGUUCGUGGUGAUACUGGCUGUGGUGUGGUACUUCCGCAUCAACUACAGGCAGUUCUUCACAGCCCCUGCGACCAUCUCCCUCGUGGGAGUCACUGUGUUCUUCAGCUUUCUGAUAUUUGGGAUGCACAGCCGCUGAAGAGGCAGAGAGGGCACACGCUUGCGGCCGAAUGUUCUGAGGUAGAAUAAAAAUAACUAGAGCAGGUGGGUGAGUGUCAGGAGAGACAGACUAAUCAAAAAGGUUCUCUGUGCCGAGCCCACAGCUGAUAGGAGUGUGAGAGUGUGUGGGUGGUGAGGUGAGCCUGUUUGUGCAUGUACCAAGAUUUAACAGGAAAAAAAAAGAUGAGCGAUUGUACAGUGUUGUAUGGGUAAGAAAGAAUCUGCAGCGUGCGACAUUCUGCUUAAACCAAACCACAAUUUAGCUUAGUGGUCCACGCCAUGCUUUAACACUCUGGCUUCAUCUCGUCUGCUCUUUUAUUGUUGUUAGUCCAGUUUCUGUGUUUUAAGAAAAAAACAAAAAACAGAUGCAAGAAUCUAAAAUCUUUUGGAACCACUCACUGUUGUGCUGUGUGUGCCGGUUCGACUCUUUAGCAUUACUUUGUGUUACGUGAACGAUUCAAGCAAAUAUAAACUAUACAGCUGCCUCAGUGCUAGGCUGGAAAAAAUUCAGAUGUUUUUGUUGCUCAGCAAUGUCGCUAUGUAGAAACAGGUUAAUUUAAAUAAUCACUAGACACGAAAAAAGACACUUUUUGAGAAUAUAUUGUAAUUAUAUUGUGUAUUUUCUGUAAAUAAAAAUGAUCGAAUGAAUCAGAUCAACCUGCAUCUGGCACUUAAAGAUUUGGAGGGGGAUAGAAAACCCUCCUGAUUAUGCUGGACUGCUCUGGCUUCAGUGAUGUCUCAAAUUAAAGCAUUUCAAACCAG